CGCGGGGCCUGUCAGCCUCGGCACGGCGAUGGCCGCGUGCGAGGCGGGCCUGCAGUGGCAGCUGACGCUGGGGCUGUUCGGCGAGCUGUGGCGGUCGUCGGUGGAGCCAACGCUCGUCAGCUGCAGCGCUGCUGCGAGGGCCUGCGAGCAGGCGGGCCACUGGGACCAGGCGCUGUGGCUGCUUGGCGCCCUCCGCGGCGAGGGCCCCGCCGCGGCCGCGGGCGGCCCGGUGUCGCCCGCGGCCGCCGCGCGCGGGCCGGGCGGCCCCUGGUGCCGCGCGUCGCUGCUGCUGGCAGAGUCGGGCCAGGCGGCGCUCGAGCCCAUGGUCGCUGGCUACCACGCCGCCAUCGCCGCGUGCGGGGAGGCAGGGCGCUGGCGCGAGGCCUCCUCGGCGCUCCGGGGGCUGCGCAGGGCCGCCCUGGAGCCGACGGCCGCCAGCUACCUGGCGGCGAUCGGCGCCUGCCGGAGGGUGGACCACAGGCGGGCCCGCCGAAGGCCGGGCGCCGGCGGAGGGGGCGGCCAGCGGAGCUCCUGUGCGAGCUGCGCCGGCCUCGGCCCGCAGGACCUCGGCCGCAGCAUCGCGGCCGCCGUGCUCCUGUAGCGCGUGCGCGCGGCGGCCGCGCCCCCCUGCGGCACUGCCGCAGCGGCGCCCCCGCCGUGCGCGGGCCCCGCGCGCUCCGAGCAGCC